AUGCUACCCGCAUUCCUUUUACCGCUUCUUGCCCUGACUAAUAUAACCGCCAGCCCGCUUGCCGCCCAUUCCAUUGCCGCCCCAACCUGGUAUGCCGGAUGGCAUGCGACUGGAGGAUUCCCGCUCUCUUCAGUCAGCUGGGAUAAGUACAACACGUUGUACUACUCAUUUGCAGAAACCACUCAAAGUGUCAAUAGUCUGAGCCUGUCAGGCUCUGAUGGCGAGAUGCUCCCUCAGUUUGUCUCUGAGGCCCAUGCACAUGGUGUUGAGGCCCAUAUUGCUGUCGGAGGCUGGAGUGGGGGCACUGUAGUAGAUUUUGCUUUACAGUACAAGCUUGAUGGCAUCCAAUUCGACUGGGAGUCCCCGAACGAUCAGGGAAUCGGUUGCAACACCAUUAGCGUGCACGAUACGGCAAAUUUCCUCGCAUUCCUCCAGGAGCUUCGCCAAAACCCAGUGGCGGCAAAGCUCACCCUCUCGGCCGCCUCAAGACUUGGACGGACUGCAGGGAUGCCAGUCGACAAGAUCGUACUCGGUGUUGCUUCCUACGGUCACUCAUUCAGCGUCCCUCCCUGUGACGCUUUCGUGUCCGACACAAAGACGCUAGCUGCAUACCCCACCUUCAACGCCUCCAAUCAGCCCUUGGGUGAUGCAUGGGAUAACACCGGUUCUGUUGAUGUAUGUGGCGUUUACGAGGGCUCAGGUGGCACUUUCAACUUCUGGGGCCUCAUUGACAACGGUUUCCUCACCAAAGAAGGCAAGCCUGCUGAUGGCAUCCAUUACAGAUAUGACACCUGCAGUCAAACGCCGUAUGUGUACAAUAGGACCUCGCAAGUUAUGAUCUCCUUCGACAACGUCCAAUCGUUCGCUGCCAAGGGCAAGUAUAUCAAAGACACCAAGCUGCGCGGUUUCUCGAUGUGGGAAGCGGGUGGUGAUUACAAUGAUAUGCUCCUUGACUCUAUUAUCGAUGCUUUUAAGUGCGCUUAG